AUGGCCAUCCCCAGCACCCUCCUUCCCGCCGCGCGCUCGGCGUACCGCAACGUCCUUCGCUCGGCGCGCGCAACGUUCCACAACGACCCGCCACGCCACGCCGCCAUGGUCGUCGCUGUCCGCGAGACGUUUGCGUCGCCGACGCUGACCCGUCCCGGCGCCGAGCUGCCGCCUCCCACGCUGAACGAGGCGACGGGCGAGCCCAUCGUGGUGGACCUGAGCUCGCCCGAGGAGCUGCAGAAGCGCAUCAACGAGUGGAACGAGGUGGCGACGUUUUUGAGGCGGAACGUCGUGCAGGGCCGCCAGGAUGACCAAGGCGUUUACAAGCUCCGCGUGACCAAGGACACCGACUUGGGGGACAACGACACCAUCAAGGAACCGGCCGUCAUGCCCGUCACCCCCUUCCCCAACCGCGGCAAGCGCAGGGCAAAGAAGUGCGGCGAGUAG